AUGAAUUGCCCGUCGCCGACCGACGACACUUUCGAGCACCUGGGCUGGAAUAAGAAUCCGCCACAUUACAGCCCGGACACCACCACAUGCAAUGCCUCUAACAGCAUCACCAACUCGUGCGUGCACGACAAGCACACUACAAAUACUAAAAGUACCGUGGGAGCUGACACAAUACGCAUCGACCCUCGACUGCACAGCUUGGAGGACCAGAAUCCUGCAAGCGAGAAGACCCUGGACGGUGGAGUGAUUGCUACGUCCCCAGGGAGUGAGCAGCCCUCGAAAAGCAACGGAUCACUUUGCCGUCCUUUUAGGUUAUUCCUGUCGUCGUCGACCUUACCCUGUGCGCGCAGCCUGGCUAAGUUUGCUCGCUUUGUCGGGCCCGGAUUUCUCAUCGCGGUCGCCUAUAUCGACCCGGGGAACUACGCCACCGACGUUGCGGCCGGAGCACAGUUCAAGUACGCCUUGCUGUUCAUCGUUCUUCUAUCCAAUCUCUUUGCAAUCCUUCUGCAGUCCCUGUGUAUCAAGCUGGGCACCGUCACUGGUCUCAACCUGGCUGAGAAUUGCCGCGAGCACCUCCCACGCUGGAUUGUAUACAUACUCUAUGUAUUCGCAGAGGCUGCUAUUGUUGCAACUGAUAUUGCGGAGGUAAUUGGCUCAGCAAUCGCACUAAAUUUGCUUUUGAACAUUCCCUUGGUAGCGGGAUGCGCUAUCACCCUGGUGGAUGUCUUCUUCCUGCUCAUCUUCUGGCGACCCAAUGGAUCAAUGCGGGGGUUACGCUCGUUCGAAUUCUUCGUGAUGGCUCUUGUGCUGGGUGUUGUCAUAUUAUUCUGCAUUCAGCUCUCGCUUAUCAAGGAUCAAUCUAUCGGAGAGGUCUUUCGGGGCUAUCUCCCAUCUUCUGCUAUUGUCCAGUCUGAAGGUCUUUACCAAAGCUGUGGUAUUCUCGGUGCCACAGUUAUGCCCCAUUCUCUCUUCCUCGGCAGUGGAGUGGUUCAGUCUCGACUGAAAGAGUUUGACGUCACAGCAGGCUAUGUCCAGUCUAACGUGCCUCUGGGUAACAAUGCCGGUGAAGUAGAGUAUCGCCCUACCAUCCACGCGAUCCGUGGCUGCAUGAAAUACUCAAUUAUUGAGCUAACACUGUCGCUCUUUACAUUCGCGCUGUUCGUCAACAGCGCCAUCCUCAUUGUCGCGGGUGCCUCCCUCUAUGAUGUUCCCGGCGGCGCCAAUGCCGAUCUCUUUGUUAUCCACAAACUCCUUUCUUCGUCCAUCGCGCCAGCUGCCGGUUUGGUUUUUGCCUUGGCUCUCCUACUGUCGGGCAUCUCAGCUGGCAUAGUUUGCACCAUGGCAGGUCAGAUGAUCAGCGAGGGCAUGCUUAAAUGGAGUAUCAGACCAUGGCUGCGAAGACUCAUUACUCGAUCCAUCAGUAUCAUUCCCAGCAUGAUAAUUGCCGCUGCUGUUGGUAAGGAAGGGCUGGACAAGACGCUGACUGCGAGUCAGGUUGUUCUUAGCAUUAUCCUGCCAUUUGUCUCUGCUCCCCUCAUUUGGUUUACAUGCUUUAGCCACUACAUGGCUGUCCCUGUUGAGCAGACCCGCGAAGGUCAUGGUGAGGUUGACGUGGAGCAAUUCCAGAUGCGAAAUCACAUUGUCACAUCCAUCGUAGCGGUGCUUGUCUGGAUUCUUAUCGCCGUUAUGAAUGUCGCGUUACUGGUAUUGAUCGGGAUGGGUAAAACCUAA